ACCUGCGCCUGCAGCCGGUGUUCUGGAGCCGGGAGGACGUGGCCCAGUGGCUGCGGUGGGCUGAGAAGGAGUUCGCCCUGAGGCCCAUCACCAGCGGUACUUUCCAGAUGAACGGCAAGGCGCUGCUUCUCCUCACCAAGGAGGACUUCCGCUACAGAUCUCCUCAUUCUGGGGAUGUCCUGUAUGAGCUGCUGCAGCACAUACUGAAGCAGAGGAAGUCCAGCGUGUUUUGCCCGUCUGCUUACUUUCCUGGGAACUCGUUUCAUUCGCUGCCUGACGGCGCGGUGCAGCACCUGAAGCUGGAAGAGACGGUACGGCGGGCCCCACGUGGUACAGAACCCCUCCCCCAGAACCCCCCCACCAUCGAGCUACGGCACCGCCGCUCUCGCUCCCGCUCCCCCCACAACUCGGCUCCAAGAAGAUCCCCUUUGGAGCCCAACCGCCCUCGGUCCGCCAGCGAGGACCCCCUCCACACCUUCUCCCAGCUGCCUGACAGCAACCACCACCUACCAGAGGACAUGUACCCCCUGUCCGUGUCUCCGGCGGCGCCCAACGGCCCCUGCGCCACGCCCAGGGAAGCCCCCAGCCCCGGGGUCCAGGAGGCGGGCCCUCCUCGCGUCAUCCAGCUCAUGCCCAGCACCAUCCUGAACCCUCUGCUCCUCAGCCCCAACAGAGUGGUGGGCGGCGGCGGCAUGGACUUCAGGCACAGCCGCGGCGGCCCCCACUCUCAGGCGGUGAUGGAGAACGGCCGCGAAGGCAAAGUCCACGUCCACCAUCACCAGCUGCAGCAGCAGCAUCUGCUGCAGCAGCAGCAGCAGGAGGAGGCGCUCUACAGGAACCACGUCAUCAUGCCCGUGUCUCCUCCUGAGGAGCAGCAGAUGCCCAUCGGGCGGAUAGCAGACUGCAGGCUGCUGUGGGACUACGUCUACCAGCUCCUGUCAGACAGCCGGUACGAGAACUACAUCCGCUGGGAGGAUCCCGACAAUAAAGUCUUCCGCAUCAUGGACCCCAACGGCCUGGCCAGGCUCUGGGGGAACCACAAGAACAGAACCAACAUGACGUACGAGAAGAUGUCGCGAGCACUGAGACACUACUACAAGCUGAACAUCAUCAGGAAGGAGCCCGGACAAAGACUCCUGUUCAGGUUCAUGAAAACCCCCGACGAGAUCAUGAAUGGCCAGACGGAGCGGCUGGAGCACCUGGAGUCGGACACAGACGAACAAAUUUACAUCAAGGAGGAAUGUUGAGCAGGACUUCUUUACUACAACCAGCCGCCGAUGCCUUUCAGACGCAGCUUCAGUUCAAAAACAAACGGACGGGGGGAGAAAAGGAACCUCUCUCAAUGCCUUAGGAUGAUAUUCUUCUGACAUACUGUAAAAUGAUUGAAUAAAAAAGUGCUUUGGUGUGUCUGAGAGCGAGCGCUCAGACGGUAGGAUUUCUAUUUCUGUGCUGCAGAAGCCAAUCACUUGUGUUUAUCUGAUUUUUCUUUGGUUUUUCUUCUUUUUGUUUGUUUCUUCAUGGAUCAGAUCUUGGAAAAUUGCAAUUUGUAAAAAAGCAAGCGUGCGUGUCUGAGUGAGUGUGUGAGAGGACCGUUUUCACCAUGAAAUAAAAACUUUUGAUCAAC